ACAUGGUGUGUGAUUGUGUACGUUCGCUUUUAUUGACAAUUCGAGAUAAUAGUGUGGGGUUAUGUGCGAUGGAGUAGUCGGGAGUUAACGUUUUUUAGCGGGUACGAUGAUGAAAAAAAUCGGGAAUAUGGCACCGCGUUACAAAAGAGUCGUUUUAUGUCGCGGUUCGUCGGAAAAGACUGACUCGCAGGAAGCUUAUGUUAAAACGUUGAAAACGGCAGGUUAUUUGUGCGACUUUUUGCCCACUUUGUGCUUCGAAUUCGUGAAUACCUCGGAGCUGCGAGCAUGCCUUCUGUCGUCGUCCUCAUAUUAUGGGCUCAUACUGACAAGUCGACGAGCUGUGGAGGCGAUUGGCCUUGCAUCUGGAGAAGACAACGAGAUUCUACAUCCGUGGAGAACUUUGCCAGUGUAUUGUGUAGGGCCAGCAACCGAAUCGUUUGCUAAAAGUCACUUAGGUUCAGAGAACUGCAUUGGUAAAGAGGCUGGUAAUGCCAAAGAGUUAUCGGAAUUGUUAGUUGCCUCUGUUUCGAAGGAAUCAAAGCCUUUGCUUUAUCCUUGUAGUGACAUUGGACGAGAGACGAUAGAAAAGACUCUCAGUGGAAAUGACAUUAAAGUUCGUAAGAUAGUUGCUUAUAAAACUUUGCCUAGUCAAACUUUGGAAAGUGAUUUGUCAAAAUUAAUGGACAAUGUGCCCAAAAUAUUUGUUUUCUUUAGUCCGUCUACGGUAGAACAUGUAAUAGCUAUAUUGAAAAAAAAAUCAUACGAAAUGAGCAAUGUUAAAGCAGUUGCUAUUGGACCUGUGACUAGGCAAGCAUUAGUUGAUUCUGGUUUAGAAGUAUCUGCUACAGCAAGCAAGCCUGAUCCAAUGUCUCUGUUGGAGGCUAUUAAUGAUGCUGAGAAAAAUGAAGUUGCUGAAAAGUUUGAGUGA